CAGUCUGCAACGGACUCACCAACCUAACGUGUCGAGUUGAGCUGGCUGCAAAUUAUAGUGUUUAACGCCUAACGAAAAAAAAAGAAAAAAAACAAUCGUAUACGGUCGCUUGGACGCGUCACAUUUUUUUCGGCCAGUGUUCCAAGGGAGGAUCCAAUAUUCUCCUUAAAAUUAAUCCAGAUCAGCAAUUCGUUUGAAAAUCAUGACGGAAGUGAAAAUAGAGGAGUGGCCAGAUAGAAUAGCUGAAGUAUUCAAAGGUCGUGAAAUUUUACUCACAGGAGGCACUGGAUUUUUAGGAAAAGUUAUAAUUGAGAAAUUUUUGAGAUGCCUGCCAGAAAUUGAACAAAUUUAUCUUCUUGUCAGGCCAAAAAAGGGAAAAGAUCCAAAACAUCGACUGGAUGAUAUAUUUAAUUCUGCUCUUUUUGAAAAAGUCAAAGCACAACGAGGAAUUGAAUCUCUGAAAAAGUCCGUAACCGUAAUUAGCGGUGAUGUAUCGUUACCAGGAUUGGGAAUAUCAGCAGAGGACAGAAAAUUGAUAUGUGAAAAUGUCAGCAUUGUUUAUCAUGGAGCGGCCACAGUCAGGUUUGAUGAACUACUUAAAAGAGCUGUUUUGCUCAAUACUCGUGGGACAAAACAAAUGUUAGACCUGGCUAAAGAAAUGAAAAAUUUAAUUUAUUUUGCACACAUCAGCACUGCCUAUUGUCAUCUCGAAGAGAAGCUUCUUGGCGAAAAACCAUAUCCACCACCUUCGAAUCCACAUAAAAUUAUCAAAUGUGUAGAAUGGAUGGACGAUGAUGUUGUAGAGGCAAUGACUGAUAAAAUUUUGGGAAAUUUACCAAAUACUUAUGCAUUCACAAAAGCCUUGUCCGAAGGUCUUGUCGAAGAAGCAAUGCCACAUAUUCCAGCAGUUAUUUUGCGACCAAGUAUAGUGAUUCCAGUUUGGAAGGAGCCUGUGCCAGGUUGGACGGAUAAUAUUAAUGGACCAACAGGACUUUUAAUAGGAGCUGGAAAGGGAGUUAUCAGAACGAUGUAUUGUAAUGAAAAUGGUUACGCUGAUUAUUUACCAGUUGAUAUUGCAGUUAAUGCAAUAUUAACAGCUUCUUGGAAUUAUAUUUACUGCAAAGAACAUCAUAAAAGAGUUUAUAAUCUCACUAGUAGCAGUGAUUUUAAGGUAACAUGGGCGGAAAUUAUAGAACGAGGUCGUCGAAUUACGGAAAAAGUUCCUCUCAAUGGCGUUGUCUGGUAUCCUGGUGGUAGUAUGAAAAAAAGCCGUCUCAUGCACAAUAUUAGUGUUCUUUUCUUUCACAUGAUUCCUGCCUACAUAAUUGAUGCCCUUAUAUUUCUCGCCGGACACAAACCAAUAAUGUGCAGAGUACAUCGACGCAUUCAAAAAGGUUUUGAAGUUUUUGAAUAUUACGCCAAUAAUCAAUGGGAUUUUGUAAAUACAAAUAUUGCAGAAAUUAGAGAUAAAUUAAAUCCACGUGAAAAAAUGUUGUAUCAAAUUCACGGUGAUGAUUUGGAUUUGGAUGCUUAUUUUGAAGCUUGCAUAAGAGCUGCAAGAGUUUAUAUUCUAAAUGAACCGCCAGAAACACUGCCUUCUGCUCGUAGACAUAUGAAAGUAAUGUACUGGGUGGACGUGAUCACGAAAAUCCUCUUCUUCGUCUUGCUCAUUUACAUGUUCGCAUGUUGGAGCGAAAGUUUUCGAGAAUUACUAGCUCGAGGCUGGGAAUUAGUCACUCGACAACUAACAUCUUAAUUUAUAAUUUUUUUUUUUUUUUAGACCAUAACUUAUAUACUUUUGUACUUUCGACCAAUUUUUAGGUCAUUGAAAAUCGACUGCAAAACAUUUCACAGAUACAUAAAAAGUUAUUUACAUUUCAUUAUAAAAAUAAUUUUUUUUUAUACUUAUUAAAAAUCAUGCAUACUUUUAUUUAAAUUCUAGAAGAUAAAGACAAAAAUUAUUUAACAAAAAAAAAUUAGCUAAUACGAAAAUAUGUACUCUACUUUGUAAUAAAAUUUUUUUUAACAAAAAAAAUGGAACUACAAAAAUGGAAAAUUUAACCUUCGAGAAUUUAAAAUUGUAAUUGAUAAUAAAGGGACUAUAAAUUUC